AUGGCGGCUACGAUGGUCAGCUCAGCUGGCGGAUUACUCGCGAUGCUCAACGAGAGUCAUCCUUUGCUCAAGCAGCAUGCUCUUCUUAACCUCAACAACUACGUCGACCAGUUCUGGCCCGAGAUCUCUACUAGCGUCACAAUAAUCGAGAGUCUCUACGAGGAUGAAGAGUUUGACCAGCAUCAGAGACAGCUUGCUGCGCUUCUUGUUUCGAAGGUUUUCUACUACCUGGAAGAAUUCAAUGAUUCACUGUCUUAUGCUCUUGGAGCUGGUUCCAUGUUUGAUGUUUCUGAGGAUUCUGAUUAUGUUCACACACUUCUUGCCAAGGCAAUUGAUGAAUAUGCCAGUCUAAAGACUAAGGCAAGUGAAUGUAGCGCUGAUGUAGAAAGCAUAGAUCCUAGGUUGGAGGCAAUUGUUGAGAGAAUGCUUGAUAAGUGCAUUACCGAUGGAAAAUAUCAACAAGCCAUGGGAAUUGCUAUUGAAUGCCGAAGAUUGGAUAAGCUUGAAGAAGCAAUCAGUAGGAGUGACAAUGUCCAUGGGACUCUAUCAUAUUGCAUUGGUGUUUCCCAUUCUUUCAUUAACCGCAGAGAGUAUCGCUGUGAGGUGCUUCGUCUUCUAGUUAAUGUAUACCAGAAACUGCCUUCACCAGAUUAUUUGAGCAUUUGUCAGUGUUUGAUGUUCUUGGAUGAACCUGAAGGUGUAGCUAGCAUCCUGGAAAAGCUCCUGCGCUCAGAAAAUAAAGAUGAUGCUUUAUUGGCUUUUCAAAUUGCUUUCGAUCUCGUGGAGAAUGAGCACCAGGCGUUUCUCUUGAAUGUCAGAGAUCGUCUUCCCACUCCAAAGUCUCAACCUUUAGAGUCUGCAAAUCCAAGAUCAACUGAGCCGGUUUCUGGUCAAACUGAAGAUUCUACUGCUUCAGAGGAUGUUCCCAUGGAUGAAGGAGCUUCAGCUUCUACAACUAGUACACCUCAAAUUGAUGAAAGUGAGGAAACAUAUGCUGAGAGGCUGACAAAAAUCAAGGGUAUUCUCUCUGGAGAGACAUCAAUACAGUUGACGCUGCAAUUCUUGUACAGUCACAACAAGUCUGAUCUACUCAUUCUGAAAGCAAUAAAGCAAUCUGUUGAGAUGAGGAACAGUGUCUGUCACAGUGCAACUAUAUAUUCUAAUGCAAUCAUGCAUGCUGGUACAACAGUGGAUACAUUUCUGAGGGAAAAUCUGGACUGGUUAAGCAGGGCUACAAAUUGGGCAAAGUUCAGUGCAACAGCUGGUCUUGGUGUUAUUCACAGAGGGCAUCUGCAGCAAGGGAGGUCUUUGAUGGCACCUUAUUUGCCGCAAGGAGGAGCUGGUGGUGGGGGUAGUCCUUACUCUGAAGGUGGUGCUUUAUACGCUCUAGGUCUGAUACAUGCCAACCAUGGCGAAGGGAUCAAACAAUUUCUUCGCGAUAGCUUACGUAGCACUAAUGUUGAGGUAAUCCAGCAUGGUGCAUGCUUGGGUCUGGGUUUGGCAGCAUUGGGCACUGCUGAUGAAGAUAUCUAUGAUGAUAUCAAGAGUGUGCUGUAUACUGAUAGUGCUGUAGCUGGUGAAGCUGCUGGUAUUGGCAUGGGUUUACUUAUGGUUGGUACUGCUAGUGAGAAGGCAAGUGAGAUGCUUACUUAUGCUCAUGAGACACAGCAUGAAAAGAUCAUCCGAGGUUUGGCAUUGGGAAUAGCCCUAACGGUUUAUGGAAGAGAAGAAGAAGCAGACACUCUCAUUGAGCAGAUGACUAGGGAUCAGGAUCCAAUAAUACGUUAUGGUGGUAUGUAUGCAUUGGCAUUGGCCUAUGGGGGAACAGCAAACAACAAGGCCAUCCGCCAGCUGCUACAUUUUGCUGUCUCGGAUGUUAGUGAUGAUGUCAGGAGGACUGCUGUGCUUGCUCUGGGAUUUGUUAUGUAUUCUGAACCAGAGCAGACUCCUCGAAUCGUCUCCUUACUGUCGGAGUCCUACAACCCACACGUCCGUUACGGAGCAGCCCUUGCUGUGGGCAUCUCGUGUGCUGGUACAGGAUUGAGUGAGGCGAUAUCUUUGCUAGAACCUUUGACAUCAGAUGUUGUUGACUUUGUUCGUCAAGGUGCCCUGAUUGCAAUGGCUAUGGUCAUGGUUCAGAUGAAUGAAGCCAGUGAUUCUCGGGUUGGAACAUUCAGGCGACAACUGGAGAAAAUUAUCUUAGACAAACAUGAAGAUACCAUGAGCAAAAUGGGAGCUAUCCUUGCCUCUGGGAUACUGGAUGCUGGUGGCCGGAACGUGACCAUAAGACUGCUUUCUAAGACAAAGCAUGAUAAAAUUACAGCAGUAGUUGGUCUGGCUGUUUUCAGUCAGUUCUGGUACUGGUAUCCUCUUAUCUAUUUCAUCAGUUUGUCAUUCUCAGCAACAGCAUUCAUCGGGCUCAACUAUGACCUGAAAGUCCCAAAAUUUGACUUCAUAUCAAAUGCAAAACCAUCGUUGUUCGAGUAUCCAAAGCCAACCAUUGUUCCCACCGCUACCUCUGCUGUGAAACUGCCUACUGCUGUUCUGUCGACGUCAGCUAAGGCUACUAAAGCUAGGGCAAAGAAGGAAGCUGAGCAGAAAGCGAAUACUGAAAAGGCUGCAGCUGCAGCUGCGGGAGAGCCCUCUUCCGCUGCUGCCAAUACCGGCAAAGGGAAAUCCAGUGAGAAGGAUGGUGACUCCAUGCAGGUUGACAACCCACCGGAGAAGAAAGCAGAACCGGAGCCGUCUUUUGAACUUGUGACCAAUCCAGCAAGGGUGGUUCCGUCCCAGGAGAAGUAUAUCAAGUUUAUGGAAGACAGCAGAUAUGUGCCGGUGAAGUCAGCACCUUCAGGAUUUGUCCUUCUCAGAGACUUGAAACCAACUGAACCUGAGGUGCUCUCCCUGACCGAUGCUCCUUCAUCCACUAAUGCCUCUCCUCCCGCUGCUGCUGCUCCGGCUGCCGGAGGACAGCAAGCGAUGGCUGUCGACGACGAACCUCAACCCCCUCAGCCUUUCGAGUACACCUCAUAG